CACACCCGGUGUGCAUUAUAUUUACUUUUCAUUGCAUCAUUAGAACAUCGAAAUCAUGAAUAAAUUGUCGAAGAUUUUUCAACCGGUUAUAUCCACUCCGACAGAAGCGAUAGGGAAAAAUCGUGAAAUUUCAUCGAAAAGUCAAAAGUUAAUGAUCGAGUUGGGCCUGAUCAGACCGGCAAACAAUGGAUUCUUCACCAUUCUACCACUAGCCCAGCGUUCCAUCGAAAAGUGUACCGGAAUUGUGGAUCAUUACAUGAAGAAAAUCGGCGCCCAGAAGAUCUCCAUUCCCCAUCUGACAUCCAUCGACUUAUGGCAACAGUCUGGCCGCUACGGAACAACAAAAUCAGAACUGUUGACCACCACAGAUCGGCACGGUAAAAUUUACGUUCUUGGACCGACAUACGAGGAAGCGAUCACAUCAUUGAUGGCGAACAUUGGACAACCAAUCAGUUAUCGACAACUUCCAUUGAAAGUCUAUCAGAUCGGAAACAAGUUUCGCGAAGAGCAGAGACCUAAAUUCGGACUGAUACGCGCCAAGGAAUUUCUGAUGAAAGACAGUUACUCGUUCGACAUUGAUCGUUCGAGUGCGAUCCGAACAUACGAAGAAUAUGUCCAAACCUACACGGAUCUCUUCCGAACGAUCGGAACACCGACGAAAAUUGUUCAGGCCGAUGCCGGGAAUAUCGGCGGCUCACUAUCACACGAAUUUCAUGUUCCAUCCGAAAUCGGUGAUGAUACCCUCAUGCAAUGCACAGCAUGCAGUUGGUCAACGAAUCUUGAAGUGGCCGGUGAUGUUUCAACUUGUCCGCAGUGUCAGGCAACGGUUAAGCGAUGCAAAGGCAUUGAAGUGGCACACACGUUUCUCUUGGACGACAAGUAUUCAAAGCCAUUGGGUGCAAGGUUCCUACAUGCGAAUGGUAAACCGACAACAUUGACGAUGGGAUGCUAUGGGAUCGGUAUCAGUAGGCUGAUAGCUGCUUCGAUUGAAAACCUAUCGACAGAACGGGAAAUUCGUUGGCCGUUCGUUUUGGCACCGUUUUCGGUUUGCAUUAUCCCACCCAAGCGAGGCAGUCGAGAAAUGGAAUCCGUGGCCCAUUUAACGGACUUGGUUUAUGGUGAACUGACCAAGACACAGGAACUUAGCGAUGAUGUUGUCGUUGAUGACAGGACUGGAUUAACGAUAGGGAAACGGAUGUUAGAAGCGAAAAGAUUGGGCUAUCCGCUGAUUGUAGUAAUUGGUAAAGACGCUGCUGGUGUCGAUGGUAAAUACGAGCUGCAUUUCACCAACACAGAAACUGUAAAACGUCUGAGUUUCGACGAACUUCUUGGCGAAAUUAGGAAUGAAGUCAGUUCACAUCGCUAUCGGUAGUUGUUGUCAGCAGUGCCGAGGCACACUGUGUAGUCGCCAGAAGUCGAAUAAAUUUUGUUUUUAUUGAUCAAACCA